CGCUGCUCGAACCGCUUCGGCCGCUGCUCGAAAAACUGCUUGACAGCGAUUUGACAGCUCGUGUCCGAACAUUCUUCUGCACGAUUGCGUUCCUUGGGAAUCGACGCGCAAGACGGAAGACAUUUUCUUUUCACAAGCCGCCGUAAAUCGAGCAGCAGUUUGUGCAACCACGCCGUAGGCCGCAGUUUUCUCUCGUCGAAAAGGGGCACCAUUCUUUGCCGGCUAAUUUUUCACCACCGAAGCCAACCGUAACUAGGCAGGAAAAAAAAUACCGAAAUGGGUGUAGAGAUUGUCCCAAUUGCCAACGGUGAUCAAACCACCUUCCCGAAGCCGGGUCAAACUGCGGUCGUUCACUACACCGGAACGCUCGACGAUGGUACGGUGUUCGAUUCGUCGCGUACCCGCGGCAAGCCGUUCAAGUUCUCUGUUGGCCGCGGUGAGGUGAUCAAGGGCUGGGAUGAGGGUGUCGCCCAGAUGUCGGUCGGCCAGCGUGCCAAGCUGGUGUGCUCGCCGGACUACGCCUACGGUAGCCGUGGCCAUCCGGGUGUCAUCCCACCGAACGCUCGGUUGACCUUCGACGUGGAGCUGCUGCGAGUAGAAUAAGCGGCCAAGGUUGGCGCAUUCGUUUCCCAUGAACUACUAUUUACCCAGAUACAGCAGAGAUGCAUUGAUCCGAUACACGACACCGAACUAUGAGGCAUGAAGUGCGGGAUAGGCACGUCUUGAAGUGCAAGCAAUCGAAGCGGGAAGGAGUGCCGAACGAAACUUGAUAAGGAACCCGCUUCCCAACCUGUUUUGCCCUUGCAAUACAAAACAUUCUUAUCGUCUCUCGUUCGUAGCAAUCGUUAGAGAAAUUAUCUUCAAAUGCAUCACUAAAAUCACACAAACAGCAUUAUCGUUAAAUCGCAGUCUUCGUAAAUCACGCUUUAAAAUUGAACCAACAAAUCAUUAAAGCUCAUCUUUAGUCGUGUUACUUUUUAAAGUCCCAUUCAAGAAGCUGUCCAGUCUUUUAUGCAUGGAAAGUUUUCAAAUUUAUUGUUCUUUCUAGCACGGAGGGAGAAGCGUCCCCCUUCGUUUUUAUUCCAAAAUUGCACUCAAUUGCAUUUAAAUAUUGCACCGAAGAAACAAUCGAGCCAGGAAAAAGGGAGGAAAGUCCGGGAGAGGAGGCAGUGUAGUAUGGAGCGUGAAGGCAUGUUAAAUCAAAAGAUUCAGUACACCGGCUCGAAUGUUAUAAUUAAGCUAAUCGCCACCCACAAAUGGGUCUUAAAAAGCAUUCGCACAUGUAGCGCUGAUUGUGAGCGACGACGAUGAUCGAUCGAUGAUAAUGAAAGCAAAAACUUCCUUUCCAAGCACUUGCCAACACUUGUCUUCAGUAAGCAAAAUUAGCGCUCAGGGCGGAACAAAAUCCCUUUCUUGUUUGCUCCUCGGGAGCGUGUACAAUCAUUCAGCAUUCGUUAGAAAAUGUGCAGCCCAGUUUUGUGUUGAAGAUAUAGCAGUGGUUUCCAUUGAUGGAGAAGCAUUUAUUCGCGUUAACAAUUGCACUUUCUACUGGGGGAAAAGGAAAGCGCACUGGGAGUUGAUUCUUUUCGUGGACAUCAGAGGAAGCGGAAUGGGAAUUUAAGAAAAAAAAACAGUUUAUCACUCAACAAUCUAUACUCCCCCACACUCUUUUUAACCUAAUGCUACCGUAUACUGCCCAGAGUGCAAAACAAGUUUGGUAAUCCUCUAAGAACAUCUAAGAACAAAAGAACAACCCGGUCAUGGUCGGAACAAUGUGAAAUUUACUGAAAUUCAAUAAAAACCAUUAACUCUAUACCAAAUCAGAA